AUGGCUUCUGACUUGAAGGGGUGUGGAAAGGUGUCCCAGAACCAGUCGGCUCGACCGAAGGACGAGGUGCUCAAGGAAAUCCAACAGGUGCUCAGUCAAAACAGGGUGCUACAAAUCGAGUUCUUUGACUUCCGGGUGCGGCAGUACUUGCAUGCGUUGUUCGGAACUGGUGGAAGGCCGCGGUUGAGGGCCGCCUUGGCCAUGGUUCAUGCGCGCACGCUGCACAGGACCAAGCAGGAUGUGAAGAAUUGGCCAGCCUACCUCGUGACGCUGCUGAAGAAUUUCGAUCCCGACAAGGCCACUGAGGAGUGGCUGUGGAAGCAGCCACGCGCUGAAACGGCGCUCGGGGAGGUCAACAGCGCACUCUCCUCGGCAUCCACGACACCUCCGACAUGUGACAAGACGGACCAUGAGGGUGAUGAGACAGAGUCCAGUAAGGGCGAGGCAGAUGACAGUUUUGAUGAAACGCAGAGGUACCUCAGGGAGCAGGGGAAGCUGCUCCAAAAGGAGAUUGGAAUUCAGCACUUGGCAACAAAGCUGCAGGAGAAGCAGGAUCAUGCCGACCACUUGGAGAAGAAGCUGGAAGAAAUGCAGGCCACGAUUGACAACCUGCUGGGGCAGCUCGUGGAGAAGAAAGCCGAUGCGCAGACUACGGGGACUCGAGCGGGUGAGGAACGGUGGCAGUUCCAGGGUGACGAUGGCGAGUGGAGGUCGUUCCCAGACGACGCGAACAGUGAGCUCAUGCGCCAGUUCCGGGAAGGCCAGUGGCACUGCACGAUCAAGAUACGUGGGAAGGUGUAUUCUGUCAACCUGAAGGAGGGCUGGCAGAUGAACCAGCAGACCUCAAGAAUGCGGUGGAUCCGCUGCUUUUUCGAAGUACCAAAGCAUUGGAAGUUGACCGACGAAGAAGCAUUGAGUUUUUUCAAUCCCGUGGGCGCCGGCGUGCUUCCUGCGACGGCUCAGGCAGUGGCUGACUCGCAAGUGGUCUGGAGGCUCGAGCGGCUGCUCAAUCAGGCACGGGCGCGCCAUGAUGGUAGCAGCUGCAUGUGUAGCCAUGGGAGCUCGCGCUUCUUAGUGGUGGAGGCUUUUCAGGUCAAGAACCUUCACCUGUGGCGGCGGUACCAGCGCUUUGUCCAGUCCAUGCGCGAGAAGCACCUUCUGCAUGGCCUCUCCCCCGAGCCCUGUCCAGCACUUGGCCAAGCUUUGGCUGAGUUUGCUUGGGAUCUGGACGUCGACGAAGCCAGCGAUGAGCGGCUUCUGCUACACGGGACCCGGGAUUUGGAGACUGCCGGCAAGAUUGCGGUCGAAGGUUUCGACAACCGAGUCUGGGAGCGCAGCGGCUUGUAUGGGCGAGGAAGCUACUUUGCAUGCCAGAGCUGCAAAAGUGCGCAGUAUGCGAGCAGCUUCGGCACGCACCACAAGGCAUCCUUCGAUGCAAUGGGGACCAUCCUCCUUGCUCGGGUGGCCAUCGGGCACCCCUUCUUUGCCGAGGGCCCGUGCAAGGAGCGCACGCGGCCCCCGGAGAAGUACGGCGUGCGCGCGGACUCCAUCGUCGCGAUGCCCGGGAUUCCCAAUGGCCUGCCGGGCCCUUCGGGCGUGCAAGGCCACAUGGAGGUGGUGACCUUCGACCCUGCGCAGGCAUAUCCGGAAUUCAUCGUGAGGUUCAUUGAGCAGUAG